AUGGAGCACUUCUGCUGGGGUAAGCCUGUGGGCAAGAAGUGGCGCCCGGUGAAGGUGUACCCCAACGGUGCUGAGGACGAGUUGGCCAAGGCCUUCCCAUGCAAGUUCAGGAGGGAGCUGAUCUGGGCACUGCCUGAGCCAGCACAGGACCCUGAGGCCUCGGCUGUGGGCACGGCAACCUGGGCCAAGCUGGAGUAUGGGCUGGUGGCUGAGGCUGAGGCGGCUGAGAAGAGGGACGAAGGGCCCUAUAAGAUGGAGCACUUCCACUGGGGCAACCCACCCAAGGACAAGUGCUACUGCGGCUUCAUGACUUCCAAGAAGAGCCAGAUGCCCCUGGUCAUGCUGUUCAAAAAUGCCAUCAUCAAGAACACCCACAAGAAGGGCCAGUGAGGGCACAGGGGGCAGGUGCCUCUCACCCUGGAAGCUGACCCCAAAGCUCAAAGCCUUCUCUCCUCACCGGCCCUCCUGCCACCUCCAGCCCCGGUGAGGAC